AUGGCACUCGGCAGCCAGACCGAUCUGUCUCUAACCGAGAUACGCUUCCUUCAUCGUGAUGAGACCUGCAUGAAGAAACGAUCCGGUCGAUUCGUGGAGCCUAACGUGUCGCAGCAGCAGCAGCAACCCUUGCUCACCGGAGGGUUAGCUAUCACGCCAAAACCCUCACGGUCCACGGAUGCUGGCAUUCUCGACGCGAUCUCCCGCCUCUCCUCAUCAUCAGCAGAGCUGAAAGACGCCUCGGUGGCCUCGCGCGACCCCAAGCUAGGCAAGCCGAGCUGGUUUGAUGCGCGGGCACCCGCAUCCUCGUCCGCUCCAUCCUCAUCCCCAUCCUCAGCAGACCGAAAAGCAAGGGAGAGGAAGAAGCGCCGCGACAGACAGCUCGCCGCCAUGCCCUUAUCCCGAAUCGAAAAGCUGCGGCCUCCCGUUCUUUUGCUUCCUGAAUCCCAAUUACAGUAG